CGUGCAACUCAAACCCGGCACGUGUUCCCUAGUCCUCUCACUCAGAUAAAACUCUCGAAGCGCCUAAACCGUUCUCUUCCUCGCAAUCUCUGAAACCCCCAUUUCUCCAAUUUCUCAACGCUCAGUUCCGCUGCUGUCACUGCUCGCCGGAGAUGACGAUCAAAACCAUAAAAGUCAGUAAUGUUUCCUUGGGAGCAUCUGAACGAGACAUUAAGGAGUUCUUUUCCUUUUCUGGUGACAUUGAAUAUGUUGAAAUGCAGAGUCAUGAUGAACGAUCUCAAAUUGCAUAUGUUACUUUUAAGGAUUCACAAGGUGCUGAGACUGCGGUAUUACUAUCGGGAGCAACGAUAGUUGAUUUGCCAGUUAGCAUAGCUCUGGAUCCAGAUUACCAGGUUCCCCCUGCUGCCUUGGCAUCAUCUGAAACAGAGGGCAAAGGUCCUAGUGGUCCUGAAUCUGCUCUACGGAAGGCAGAGGAUGUGGUCACAAGCAUGCUUGCGAAGGGCUUUAUCUUGGGGAAGGAUGCUGUCAACAAAGCCAAGACUCUUGAUGAGAAACACCAGUUAUCUUCAACAGCCUCAGCAAAGGUUUCAUCAAUUGACCAAAAACUUGGGCUUACUGAGAAAAUAAGUGCCGGUGCUUCAGUUGUGAGUGCCGGUGCUUCAGUUGUGACUGACAGAGUUCGAGAAGUGGACCAAAAGUUUCAGGUUUCAGAGAAGACCAAAUCAGCAUUUGCAGUUGCAGAACAGAAAGUCAGUACUGCAGGGUCUGCUAUAAUGAAGAAUCGCUAUGUACUCACUGGGGCUACCUGGGUAACAGGUGCUUUUAGUAAGGUUGCUAAGGCAGCUGGGGAUGUAGGACAGAAGACAAAAGAGAAACUGGAAAGUGUACAAGAGGAAGAAAAGCGAAAAGUAGAAGACCAGUAUGCACAUGUCCUUUCUGAGUCCCCAAAAGCUGCAGCAACAAGUGAGGUGCACUCUUCCAAGCCUGCUCCUGCUCAGGGCUUGAUCCUUUGAUUUGCAUCCUGUAUAUACCUUAUUUUGAAACUCCUGUGAAUUGUUUCCAUAUAUCAGCACAACUUUGAUAGAUUUUACUAGUUAUUGGACAGGUUUGCAGUUAUUUGAUUGACUUCUUAAGCAAAGAUAAACUGAAUUUCCCAGACUUAAAUGUUUUUUCUCCUGUUA